AUGUCGUCAGACGAGAUUGUCUGGCAGGUGAUCAACCAGCAAUUCUGCUCCUACAAGCUGAAAACCACAAAGGGGCAAAAUUUCUGCCGAAAUGAAUACAACGUCAGCGGCCUGUGCAACCGGCAGUCGUGCCCGCUGGCCAACUCGCGGUAUGCGACGGUGCGGUCUGACCCGGAGACGGGGGCGAUGUACCUGUACAUGAAGACGGUGGAGCGGGCGCACAUGCCCAGCAAGUGGUGGGAGCGGAUACGGCUGUCGUCGAACUACGCGAAGGCGCUGGAGCAGGUGGACGAGCGGCUGAUCUACUGGCCGAAGUUCCUGGUGCACAAGUGCAAGCAGCGCCUGACGCGCCUGACGCAGGUGGCGAUUCGCAUGAAGAAGCUGGCGAAGGAGGAGGAGCGCCUGGGCGAGCGGGUCGUGCCCAAGCUGGCGCCGAAGAUCCGUCGGCGAGAGGAGACGCGCGAGCGCAAGGCCGAGUCGGCGGCCAAGGUGGAGCGGGCAAUUGAGCGCGAGCUGAUCGAGCGGUUGCGCAGCGGUGCGUACGGCGAUCGGCCGCUGAACGUGGAGGAGGGCAUCUGGAAGAAGGUGCUGCGUGGGUUGGAGCGCUCCGGUGAUGGAGAGCGGGACGAGGAUAUGGAUGAUGGGGAGCUGGAGGACGAGGAGGAAGAGGGCGUUGGCGAGGUGGAGUAUGUGAGUGACCUCGAGGAUGAGGAGGAUCUGGAGGAUAUCGAGGACUGGCUGGGUGCCGAUUCCGCCGACUCGAGCGACGACUAUGAUGAGGAGGAUGAUGAGGACGAGGAUGAGAGCGAUGAGGAGAGUGACAAGGAGGACAGCGAUGCUCCUAGCGACGAGGAAGAGGUCAAGAAACCCAAGCCAGGCUUCAAGCGGAAGCGUCCUGCUCCCCAGGCCAAGCCGCGCAAGAAGGGACCUCGGAUUGAGAUCGAGUAUGAGACCGAGGGCACUGGCAAGGAGAACAUCCUGGCCUAG